AUGGGCAAUGAUAUAAAUAAAUUUAAUGAAAUACAAAAAUCUUGGGAAUCUUUUGGAGAAGAUGUAACUCAUCCAACUUCAUCUUUUUUGGUUUGUCCUGAAAAUGAACAUGUUAACCUAGUUGACAUGGCGCAUAAUCAGUUUCCCUCAACACAAUUAGGUAAUGCAUUUCCAUUUAAAUCUAAUUUAGAUUAUCUUUCAUCACAAGUCAAAUAUGAACAUUUACAUAAAUCAUCUGAAAGAGUUGGCGAGGAUGCUACCUGUCAGUUAUCGAUGGAUAUGUCCAAUUUAGACACCCUCUGCGAACUUCCUUCUAGUGCUUUAUCGAAGAGGCAGAAAUUAGCUGUUGGAGACGAUCAACCAGAUAGCUCCAGAUCUUUAAAAAAACUUGAUGAUUAUUUAAGUGAAGCGGACUCUGGGGCUUUGUCAAAUCAAAUAGGAUCAUCGAAAUGGAAUAUCAAUACUCCAUUUUCGGAGGGCAAGUCAUCAUCAUAUAUCAUUGGUUCAUGGCCUAAUAUUAUGGAUUCAUCAUUUCAACCACACUCCAAUCAGACACCCAUUUUUAAUUAUGCUGACAAAACUUCAUUAAAUAAUGAUAUAUUAGUUUCACAUUCGGAUAACCAAGGUAGACAACCUUUGGAUGCCCGAAUUAUUCACUAUUCUGGCGAUACAAAUGCUAGCCCAAGACUAACUAGCUUACCCAAGCACCGAAGCCGUUCCUCUUCGAUUGACACAAAGUGUGAUCAAUCGCCUCUAUGCGAUGGCAUAAGUAGCGCACGUUCAUCUUCGCCGGCUACAUCUGAGGUUGAGCAAGAGGAAAUUCCGCUCAUUCCUACUAAUGGAAAUUUAGAAGAAACAAGCAAACACAGUGAAGAAAAUCGAUGCUGGAGGAUGAUAAGACGAUUUUCAUUUGCAAAUGAUGAGUAUUUGUGUCCAUCAAUCCUCAUGAAACCGGUAAGUGUUAGAUACUUUGCAGCUCUGUCUCUUAGUGAACAAGUAAUCGGUUCAUAA